UCUUCCAUUCGUCUUUGGUCCGCGUUACGUUAUGUCGAUUGAAUGAUUUUUAAGCGGCUUAAAACAUAUUAUUCUCGUUGUUUCGCGUCGGUACUUACCGAAAGCGGAGUACUAAAAUCGCAGGAAAAUCGUUGACGAAGAUUGAAAGUAUAGGAAGAUGGAACAAGAAUCGAGGCGUAAAGGACCCAGAAGCCCCAGUGCGGAUUCAGAAGAUUCUUCUCACAGGAGAAGGUCUAGGAAGUACGAUCGAUCACCAUCCCCAAGACGAGGCAGAUACCGACGUUCGCGUUCUAGGGACAGAAGAUCCCGUUCAAGUUCCCGGGACAGAAGAAGAAAGGAGUCCAGUCGUUCGCAACAAGAGUGGAAACAGCAGACUUCUCAGUCUCAAGCUUCUACUCCUAAUCCGAACAGUUCUGGAGGUUAUGUUCCAGCAGUUCAUAAUCAAUACCAGGCACCACCACCACCAAACACAAGUCAACCACCACCGCCUAUAGCAGCUUACAAUCAAGGAUAUAAUAAUUACAACUACAACUAUGGGCAGGGCUAUGACUACAGUUACCAGCAACCAACUGGUUAUCGCAGCGAUUAUCCACCACCAAAUUGGCAAGGGAACCAGGUACCUUAUAACAAUCAACAAGCACCUCCACCUCCCACAUUAACAUCACAGCAAGAAUCAUCAAGACCAGUGGAUAGUGGUUCCUCUGGAUUAGUAUCAUCCUUGGCAAGACCAGAGGAUGCCAAGAAAGAAGCAGCAAUCGCAGCUGAAGUAAAACAGCAAAAAGCAACUUUGGCUAAGCAGCGGGAGGAAUACGUUAAGAAAUCAACUACGUUACAACGCGAGCUGGAAAUCCUGCGUCAACAGUGUGAUGAAAUUGGUAAAGAGGGUGGACGGGAAAAUACUCGUAUCAUAAAAGAGAAUCAAAAGUUGCAGAUCGAAAUACAGAACAAAAUGAAAUCAAUACACAACGUUAUCGACAUGCUUACCGGAAUUAUCGGGGACAAAGCUACCGUCGAUGAUCUUAAAAGCAAAUUUAAACUAGAAAUUAACAAACGUUCAAGGAGCCCUAAAGAAGACUUUCCGAAAGGAAAAUCAGAAUCGCCUGACAGAUCGUCUGUGUCCGAUUCCGACAAGGAGUCCAAAAUCGAAAGGGAAAUGAAAGAACGAAGGUCUCCCGAAGACGCAAAACCUAUGUACAAUUUUGUACAUUACGAUCCGGAAAUGCAUUGGUGUAAAGUCUGCGAUAUAUUUCCUAAAACGGCAAAGGAAUAUUUGAAUCAUCUGCAUAGCAAUGAACACAAAGAAGCUUGUUUAGAACGCAAGAUUGUUGAUAUGCCAUGGCAUGAGCGGAAUGGAGACGGAACGGAAAAGGAAGUGCCCUAUUAUCCUGGACUGCCAACGAAAAGAACACCGAUUAAAGGUCUGCAGUUCUUCAGCGCUGCGACAGCAUGGUACUGUAAACUUUGCGAUUCCUGGAUAGGCGAUCUCCAUUGCGCGAGUUUGCAUCUGAAAUCUAAGCAGCAUUCCGAGAACUACUCUAGUUUCGUGGAACAGAAUCCACAUUGGGAAACUGACUGGAUGGCAGACCGUGAGAAAGCAUUCUCCGAAGAGAAGCACAAGCAGAUCCAAAUGGAGCUGCAAAAGCACAAAGAUGACGAUCCGCCGACCAAGUCGAAAAAAUCUAAAAAGAGCAAAAAGAAAUCGAAGAAGUCUAAGAAACGAAGAAACAGGAGCAGCGGUAGUGACAGUUCCAGUGAUUCUGAGAACUCCGAUACGGAUUCUGAUCAGGACAUGUCCAAAAGUAUUCGCGUUGCCAUGCGAAAUAAAAUGAAAGCAUCGACUCAGGCGAUCCUCAACGAAGAAAUAGAUUAUCAUCGAAUAAAGUUAAAAGGUCACUGGUCGAAAGUGUCCCAACAUAUGAAUCAGCCUUCGACUCCGGAACCACAAGUAGCCGAACCCGAUGAUAGACAAUUGCUAAAUUCGAUCAGAGAUAAAUUGAAAGCGAAACAGGAGGAAGAGAUGAAAUCUUUGAGCAAUCGAAGACUCAGCCAGGAGAAGAUCGUCGAAGAGGAGGAAGAGGAAGAAGAGGAAGAGGAACCAGCUCCUUUCGUGGACAAAGCAAAGUCGGAGAUUUUGGAAGCCUGGGGACCGAAGGAACCGCCAAAACCAUUCUGGAUAAAGAAGGAAGAAGAGAAACCGCAACCGAUAGCCAACAAGCCGAUCGAGUUGCCAAAGCCGGAAGAGAUGCCGAAACCUCACAUGGGAUUCUGGACGAAACAGCAGGUGAACAUGACCGUAAAACCGCCCGAGAACAAAUCUUUGGAGAAAGAGGACGACAGAGAUCGAGAGAGCGACAGAUACAAAGAGGAUCGUGAUAGGAAAUAUGACAGACGAGAGGAUAAGUACGAUCGUUACAGUAGAUACGAUAGGAGACGCGGGCGAGACAGGGACAGAGAACGCGACAGAGACAGAGACAGAGAUCGAGACAGGGACCGAGACCGAGAAAGAGAUUACUACGAUGAUAGACGAAAACGGGAUAGCAACGAAUCCCCGCGACGUGAAAGGAACUGGCGUGACAGCCCAAAGAGAAAUUACGAGAAGUAUAGUAAAGACAGAAGGGACGACAAUUCGUCCAACGACGAGUCAAAAUUUGAGAAGAAGACGAACGAAUCUGCGUCCAAAUCUAAGAAGGGUAGUGUGCAGACGAAGAAGUCAGCGUCACAGGUAUCGAAAGGUAAGCUGCCCUUCAUCGGUAGAUUGCCGCUGUUCAAGAAAAAAACCGAAGAACCGAAGCUGCCUGAAAAGGAUAUCACACCGCUACCUUAUCAACAAAGUAAAUUCGAGGAUACGCCGAAAGUUCCCAAUGAGAUUAUAAAUCCGCCGGGUGUCGUGCACAUCACGAAGCUUGCCACCCCAUUAAAUCUCGGUGGUAGUAACAAUAAUAACAUGAGUGGCGGUAACAAUGCUGCUAAUCCAAUGGCUCAAGCUAAUAAAAAUCAACCGAUGAAGAUAUUGGUAGCUCCGCCGCCGCCGGUGUUGAACGAAGCUAAACCGACGCAGCAGGUGGUUGAUAUGGAAAUCGAAGAUCAAUCUGAAGAGACGUUGAUCGAAGAACCGAUGAUGGAGCAACAGAAGCAACCACAAACCGUAGCGAAAUUACCGUUGCCUCCUCAUCCUCCGCCACCCUUGAACAGACCGCCGCCGUCUUUCUCGGCCCAGCAAUCGCAGCAGCAACAACAGCAACCGACAGUGCAAAGCAGACCACAGUUCUCGACGAAUCGACCCCCUCCGCCGUUCAUAUCGAAUCCACCGCCAUUCGUCCAGAGUCAACCACGGUUUCCACCGCAUCAACCGGUGGUGCGUCCGCCCGUGCAAACCCAUCCACCAUUUAUGACAAAUCCACCGCCGCAGAUGCCUGCUGUUCCUCCUUUCGUUCAGAAUCAUCAAAAUCCACCGCCACCCCCGAUGCCAACCGUGGAGGGCGCGACGCAAGAAAUAUCCGACAUACCAGAGCCAACCGAAAAGCGGACAGAUCCAAGCAUUCCUUUGCCCGAUGAUUUGCAAGAGGCGCUGAACAUUAUCUUCCCUAAGGAAGAAACAGAAACCAAGCAGCAAAGUCACCAAGAAAGUAAUAUCAUGUACUCGUCUAUGUAUAGUAUGUUGGGGUGCGUUGGCUACGGACCAGAGUACAUGGAUCAACCGCCACCAGAAAUAACGCAGGCGGAAGCGGAAGUGGAUACUCAACCAGGACCAGACGAUCUAAAGAUGUUGGGCAUCGAUGAAGGAGACACGAUCCUAUAAAACGUCUUGACAAACUUACACGCAUAGACUCGAAUUGUUCACUUUUCAAACGAGGUAUCGCAAUAUUGACACCUUAAAAAUCAGUUUGAUCGUUCGUUCGUCUUCUUUCAUUUAAAGGGGUUGUUAUUCGCAGAUGUUAAUCCGUUGUGAUCUGACGAAGGUAUCUCUUAAUGUGAAAUUCAUACGAUACACAUGUUUAAAUCGAACUAUGUAAUUAUGUAAACUAAAUAAGAAAUAGUAAAUAUUUUUCCUCCGUUUGCUGGUAACAACUCCAGUGAAUCAUUCAAGGAACGAUUGUGUAGUGAAAGAAGAAGGAUGAAAAUUUUUUGCGAAAUGUUUACUAUUUUUUUUUAUUGACCGCACUGUUUUCAUUCAAUAUUAAUUGAACGGCAUAUGACGACGCACUUACGAAUGCGUAUAAACUUGAAUGACACGAUGUUACGCAAUAGUUUUACAUUGUACGCGUACACAUUCUGCAGUGAUUAAGAAAUUUAAAUUCCAUUCGAAUUCAUAAUUUCAAUUAUGUGCAUUGUGCAUAAGGUUAUUAUACUUUAAACGCUGUUUAGACGUGUAAGGAUCGAUUAUCGUCGACUGUCUGAAUACGCUUACUUCGAAUUCCAGUGUUGAAGCAGUAUAAAUGCUGCGUUAAUAAAUUUUCAAGUGUAAAUUUUAUUCAUCGGUAGUAUUCCAUUAAUAAAAUGAUGAAAUGUGAAAUGCGGAUUGAUAUUAUAAAGGGUACAACAAAAUAAU